AUGGCUUUCGGUUUACAAACGCGCCCAGAAGCAGACCACGAGAUGACUGCCGGACUUACGAUAGGUGGCACCCAGCCAACAACGGCUUUGUUGAGUGGAGAUGAAAAGCGCCCGGCGUCCUCGAGGAGCGAUCUGGAGCCUUCCUUGCCAUCGCCGGCUCUGACCCAGAUGUCUUCGAAUCAAGAAUACGACCCUUCGGUGGGCGCGAAACCAUACUCUCCCUUUUACCGACAUGCCACAUCCAACGUCUCCGUUCAACAACUAACCGUCGAGGCAAAGCAUUCGAAUCGCGAUGGUUACAGCUUGAACGACCCGGAGAGCGGUCAGAUCCCGUCGCAUGAUCCCUCGGUUGACAUUGGUAAAAAGCGGCAAUCCAAGUUGUGGGCGGAAAAGAAGAAGAAAGGAGGCUGUCUGCGAUCAUUGAACAAGAAACAACGCCUGGCGGUCAAGCUGGUCAUUGCCGUCCUCAUUGUCGGAACCAUGAUCGCCAUUGCGCUUGGGAUUACUGCUGCAGUGGGCGGGGGAGUGUGGAAAUCGCGGUAUCAAAAAUCGUCGAUGAAUAAAUAG